GAAGAGAAAGCGCUCGGCACGUGGCAGAGAGGCUGAGGAGGAGGCAGAAGAAAAGUCUCUUUUGUUUCAAAGAUAUUGUCAUCUGUGUAGAAGUUCCAGGAUGGAGCGAAUCAGGCAGAUGCAGAGGAGUAAGGCCGAGCAGGUGGCUCCAGAGCCAGGAGAAAACAUCAGCCAGCCUUCCCAGGAGGAGAGCGGCCCCUCUGUCCCCGCAGGCGGGGAAAAGGCUCAUGACCAGGGGAAAGAGAGGAGCUGCGUCGCGUGCUGGAGGAGGAGGAAGACAGCAGCUCCCCUAGCUGACCCUGAGGCACCUUCUGGGCCGAAAUGGAGGUGGCCCCAGGUACAGCUAUGGAGGAGAGAGCCAGGGGAGGGCAGGAGACGGGGAAGGCAGCUCUGGGGCUUCCUUCGCAGGAAGCCAAGGUGCCAGGAGCUGCGCCCCAGGGCCCAGCAGGAGCCGUCCACCACCUGCGCCAGCCCGACCCUGGCCCAAGAGGAGCCUCCCACCAGCACCACCCUGACUCCGGAGGAGCCUCCCGCCAGCCCAGAACAGGAGUUGAGCGACUGCGCGACAAACACCAGCAGCUCCGUGUACUCCUGCGGGGCCAGCAGCUCCUCCGUGGGGUCUGGCAGCCCAGAGUUUCUAGGCUCCCUCUUUGGAGACACCCCCAGUGCCCAGGUGUCGUGGCCUGAGGAGGAGGAAGAAGAGGAGGAGGAGGAGGGGCGACGCUGGUUUUGGGAAGGGGGCGGCUUUGCCGACAUAACUGUGAUGGCACAGGCACGGUAG